AUGGGGCAGGUACCGGACAUAGAACCACAGAGGCGACUCCUUGAUUUUCAAAACAGAAGCGUGCGCGAUGAUCGCCGUGUCAUCCGUGACGCUAAACGCACGUGCUGGCGAGAGAUUAUGGUCUCCACCAUCACAUCUGCUUCACUAAUCCAAUGUAUUCUACAGGUGAUUGAUGCUGGGGAUCACGUCAUAAACGGAAAGAAGGUUGAUCCCAAAAAGGCCAAAGCUCGUCAUGGUAAAAUCUUCGUUGGUGGACUCAAGCCAGAAUUAUCAGAUGAUGACAUAAAGAAAUUCUUCAGUUCAUAUGGCAGUAUUAUUGACAUGGAAUUGCCUUUUGAUAAACAAAAGAACCAACGCAAAGGAUUCUGUUUUAUCACUUUUGACCAGGAAGCUGUAGUGACAGAUCUACUCAAAACUCCAAAACAGAAUAUCAAUGGCCAUGAAGUUGAUGUGAAGAAGGCAACCCCUAAGCCAGAUUCUAUGAUGAGAGGGGGCAUGCGUGGUGGUAUAAGAGGACGUGGUGCUAUACGGGGUCGUGGCAGAGGUUGGGGCCAUGGAUGGAACCAGGGAGGCUAUGGGGGAUACAACCAAGGUGGAUAUGGCGGCUAUGGUGGAUAUGGAGGCUAUGAUUAUGGUAGUUAUGGUGGCUACAGUGGGUAUGGGGACUAUGGCUAUGGAGGAUAUGGAGGUUACAAUGAUUACGGAUAUGGCUCUAGCAAUUAUGGCGGGCAAGGGUACGGCGGGGGUAAGAGCCAGCACGGGCGGCAGCAGGCGAGGCACCAGCCGUACUGAUUGGCGUGAUCAAGGAUACGACUACAAUGCUACCGCCACCUGGAACUGCGGAGACACAUACUAAUGCCAGUCCUCAAUCCUCGACUCUUCUGUCUGCUGCAUCUGGCUCUUGUGACGAUGGUAUGCAAAGCCAAACUUGAAGAUUUUAGACUAUGGUAUAGUGAGCCAAUUUUGCAGUGAGAAGGUUCUGAAGGCUUCAGUCCGUAGGAAUUCGACAAGCCCCAGAACUUGAAUGGUCGCAAGGGCCAUUUCCAGCGGAUUUUGGAGCCUUCAGUGUGAUAGACUGCGGAGGCUUUUUGUGGAAGUGGUGUUAGUUAACUUUGAAUGUGCCUGCUGUGGGACGAUCACAUUUUAGUGUCGACAUUCAUUAGUGACUGCCAAGCAGUGUUCUCAUGUAAGUGGGGACUUAUCUAAUUUUUAAUGAAAGAGCAGUUAAGAUUCUUUUGUUCUUGAUUGAAAUGAUUUAGUGAUGAAUUUUGUAAUAUAAACAUGGUAACAUGUCUACCAAAAUUAUCAGUGCUUAAAUUUGUAUUAUUUUUUGUACUUGAAACCAAAAUACAUAGUAGGUAUU